UUAUGGUGUUGAGAAUACACAUUCUCUUGGUUCCUCAAUGCCAAUGGAUUUGAGGUGGCGUAAGAAAAGCAAUGCCUCCGAAACAAGCGAAGCAGGUGUUGCUAGCUUCUGCUCUCGCCUUCUCUGUUUUGGGAGUCCACUUCUACAUUGACUUCGCACGUAAGAAGAUUCGAGAGUCUGUUGCCUAUGCUGAUCCGGAUCAAAAGAGAGAGUAAUUUCCGAAGUAAUUGCAGUCGUUCCCCCAAGCCAGUUGAGAAUGGCUGAGCCCAGGUUAGCAGGUCAGCAGCAGCCCGUAGCCACAUCUGGAGCAACAUUUGCACCAAUGGUAACAACAGCUUCGCUCCCAGACCAGCCCGUAGCUAAUCCAAUGACGGCGGUAUCUAAAGCUUCUGUGGAGAGCGACAUUCGCUAUGCAGUCGACUUGUUAGGUGGCCAAGCACAGUCUGGAAUCAAACCUCCAGAGGGGCAGCGUCGUAGUGGUUGGCAGAAAGGCCGUAGUCGUCGGGAAGACCGGGAUGAGAAUGCACCGCGACCGCCCCUCACCGGCUACAUUCGUUUCCUGAACGAACAGCGGGAAGUUCUGCGGAAGGAGCAGCCUGACAUUCCGUUCACUGAAGCCACUCGUAUCCUUGGUACGCGGUGGACGGACAUGCCGCAAGCAGAGAAAGAUCGCUAUCGCUCUGAGGCUCAACACGACAAAAUUGCGUACUCGCGAGAGCUCGCAAACUACAAGCAAACCGAGGCAUACAGUGCGUUUGUGCAGAAGAAAGCGCUCGUUCAAAAGCAGCAGAAUGAGGGUAAGAUUGAAGCACCUGGAUUCAACUUACCGAUUUUCACCGACGAGUUCCUGGACUAUAACAAAGGAAAAGAUUUAGAACUGCAAGCACUCCGGCGUGCGAAUGCCGAAGCUGAAGAGAAGAACAGCGUCCUGAGCAAUCACAUUCAGCAACUGAAGAAAAUUGUCAGCCAUCUUGACCAAGAAGCUGAACAGCGGCAAACAGCUAACGUACUCCUUGAGAAGAAGCUGAACCUAUUGCGAACGACGAUCAUUACGAAAUUUGAAAAUGUAUCGUUACCUGACUCUGGACUUGUAGCUGUUCCAACCUCCGUUGAUAUGUACAUGAAGAAGUUACACAGCAUGCUAGUGGACCCGGCUCAGGCCAGUAGCAAUGAAGGAUUUCUGCUCAAGGUCAAGGAGAUUAUGGCAAGCAUUGACCUUGAAGGAAUGUUUAGUGGAGUUAGCCAAGAACAGCUUGCAGCCGCUUCAAAGCCGUAAUGCUAGUCUUGGCACCCGUAUCUGCCUAUGCAGAUGCCCUUCCUGUUGCUACCCACUUAAUCUUGUAGCGCUACUUUCAGAGUACAUGUUUGAGUUUGCCGUGAGUAUGGUACAAUUCAAUAUCCGUGACCCUUGUAUCUUGUUUUUAUCCAGGCCCUCUACCCUCUCUCCCUCCACUGUGUUUUAAGCCACCUUUUAUUAUCUAUUUUUUACUUCUUUUGUUUUAGACUGUGUUUGGUGCAUGCUCCUGCUGUGAUGUCUCCACAUUAUCUAGUUUUACUUUGAAAGUGUAAUGGUAACCUGUACUUAAACACACUAAACACACAGCCGUCACUCUUCGUAGGACUACUAUUACCUAGGUCCAGGGGCACUGCACUUUGCCACUACCCCUACACUCUGCUACUAUGAACAGUGCUAUUAUGCCGCCAUGAGUUACAACACCACAACACACACGCACUUUGAAUUAUAUAUUUACACAUGAUUGUUUUGCAACCUUUCUGCUGUGACUAUUAUGUCAAUGGUGAUUAUGUCAAUGGUUAGGUUUUUUUUAGUUUUUGUAAUCCAAGUGAUUGAUUGCCUUGCAGCAACAAGUUUAGCAGCUACACAUUGGCUCACUCACUCUCACUCUCUCACACACACACGCAUACAUUCUCAAUUACUUGCUCAGCAAUAUGUACAGGCUACAUGUGAUGAGGUUGAUAUGCACUUGUACUCGUAGAUGGUCACAUAACAGCAGAAGAUACUACAUACUACUACUUACUGCUAACUACUGUGCUUAAGAUUUUCAUAUAACCAUACUACAUCUACCGUGUGUACUUGAAAAAGGGAUUCUGGCACAACUGUUGUUCAUCAA